CGGGGCCGCGCGGUCGCCGCCGAUCGCUGGGUGCGAGGAGUGCGUGGAGCGAGCGGCGGCGAUGCUCACCUGCUGGGCAGCGGCGCUGGGCGCCGCCGUGUCCGUGUCCGUUCUCCUGCUGGUGGCAGCGCCCUACAUCAGGAGGUAUGUCGCUGGAGGACGGUGCAAGUCAACAGCCAGGCUGGAGGGGAAGGUGGUGAUAAUCACAGGAGCCAACACCGGCAUCGGGAAGGAGACGGCCAGAGACCUCGCGCGAAGAGGUGCGAGGGUGAUUGUCGCGUGCAGAGACACAGCGAAGGCAGAAGCUGCAGCGAGUGAAAUCCGAGCUGAGACAGGGAACCAGCAAGUGAUUGUGAAAAAACUGGACUUGGCUGAUACAAAGUCCAUCCGGGAGUUUGCUGAGCAAUUUCUAGCAGAGGAGAAGGAGCUCCAUAUCCUCAUUAAUAACGCUGGGGUAAUGUUAUGCCCUUAUUCCAAGACUGCGGAUGGCUUUGAGACGCACCUGGGCGUCAAUCAUCUUGGUCAUUUUCUCUUGACCUUCCUGUUGCUGGAGCGUCUGAAGCAGUCUGCCCCAGCCCGCAUAGUCAACGUGUCCUCACUGGCUCAUCACGUUGGCCAAAUCCGUUUCCAUGACCUCCAUGGUGAGAAGAGCUACAAUUGUGUCCUCGCCUACUGUCACAGCAAGCUGGCUAAUGUGCUCUUCACCCGGGAGCUGGCAAGGCGGCUGCAAGGCACAAAAGUCACAGCAAACGUUCUCCAUCCUGGCUGUGUGCAUUCUGAUCUGGUCCGGCACUCAUCUGCAGUGAUGUGGCUGUUGAAGAUAUUCCCAUUCUUCUUGAAGACACCUUGGGAAGGAGCUCAGACCAGUAUCUACUGUGCAGUAGCAGAGGAGCUAAACUCUGUGACAGGACAGUAUUUCCGUGAUUGCCGGCCAGCGUACGUAUCUCCACGGGGUCGGGACGAUGAGGCAGCAAAGAAGCUCUGGAGUGUGAGCUGUGAGCUCCUCGGCAUCCAGUGGGACUGAGCAGCGCAGACAUCAAGUGUGUUCCUGGCUGAGCCCAGUGAUGCUUCUCCUGGGAAAAGCACUGCUGAGAGACCUCCAGACCAGAACACUGAUUUUUCAGCUUCCCAAAUGCGUCUACAGACCCAUCAAUCUAAUGUGAAUUUCUGGAAUUUUACCCUUCAGGAUUGAGAUUUGUAAGCACUGGCACAGGUAGCAACCUUUUCUUGGCAUCUCACACAAUAGCCCAAGGCUGUUUUUCUCUGGCUUUAGAACAGAAAUGGAGGUUGCAGUUUUACGUUUAGAUUAUGAAAUAACAAAGAAUUACUGAUAUGUUUAGACCCAGCUGGCAACUAAGUACCAUGCAGCCAUUUGCUUACUCCUCUUCCCUGCAGUGGGAUGGGGAGCAAAACCAGGAAAAGGAAAAAAAAAACCCAUGAUUUAGGAUAAAACAUUUUAACAGCACAACAAAGGAAGAGGUCAACAACAACAAUAAUAGUAAUAAAAGAAUAUACAAAGCAAGGGAUACACGAUGCAAUCACCUACCACCCAGAAAACAGAUGCCCAGCCUGCUCCAGAGCAGCAAUUCACCCUUCCCUGGCCAGUUCCCCCCAUUCAUAUACAGAGCGUGAUGCUGUAUGGUAUUGAAUAUCUCUUUGGCUAGUUUGGGUGAGCUUUCCUCACUGUGUCCCCUCCCAGCUUCCUGUGAAAAUUAACUCCCCCAGCCAAAACCAGGACAUUAUUUAUCCCUUAUUUUAUACCCUUUUUGUUGUGCCCAGAUCCUACACUUUCCAAUUGAUCACCACCACUUUUCCUGUCCUAUGUACACAGAUAUCAUCCCCCAGUCUAUGGGGCAUCCUUCCAAAAUCUUGAUUAGCGUGUGUUUCUCAUUCAUGGAUAACCUGUGCAAUAAUGUCCACAGUUAAGUCCACCCCUUGAUCAUAAGCCUAUCUGCUGUGGUGGUUGCAACCCUGCCUGCUCUCCAUGGCCACUCGACCACCUGGAUACUGGGGCAGGGCAGGCAUGAUGUGGGGAGAACAAUUCCCAUUGUGCAAGUGCAGUGAGACAGGCCACUGAGGCGCCCACCCCACACUCCUGUAGCUCCUGCCAAGAACAACUCCCCAUUGUGCAAGUGCAGUGAAGUUGGGAAACUGAGGCACAAGUGCAGUCAAUCAGGACAUGAAGGCAUGUUCCAUAUGGGAAAAGAUGUCCUUUCUGCCAGGGAAAGGUGUAGUGACCAUCAGUCACUUUUGGCAGUUUGGUACAUCUGCUACCUAGGACUCAGCCAGAGCAAAAUGGUACCAGAACUGUACGAUCCGGAGAGUUCUGGACAUUGCCAGAAUAUUACCCGAGUGGCUACAGUGGAAAAAUACUGACUAAGGUCAAUGAUCUUGUGACCCUAUAAAAAGUGAUCCUACAGUGAGGCCCUUUGAGCUCUCCUGAGUCCCAGUGGGCUGUGGCUCAGCACCUCUCUGCGAGGUGGGACGCUCCUGAGACAUUCAAAUAUCCACAGAAGUAUGCACAGAAGUAUGUGUGCCUUUCUGGAUUUGUAAGUAGGCUUUUAAUCAUAUAUAUAGACACACACAGAGGUAUAAGUGAUACAACUUUCUCUUUUUUAAGUACAGUGUGACCUUUGACACCAUUGAAUCUGUAAUCUGUUUUAGCUAUAACAAAUCUCAUUCAAUUGCUUUAUAUCAUAUUGUUAAUCAGCUGUUUAUUGAGUGUUAUUAAAAGUCAUAUAUUAAA